ACGACUAAUACAAAAAAGCCUAAACAGCUUUUGGCAGUUACUGGGUCCGGGCAGUAGAGGAGCAUUGAGCUCAGACUUGCCCACUGCUGGAAGGAUCUAUUACACUGAAAAAAUUAGGAGAAGGCACAGUGUGACCAGACUGCUGUCUGAAAGAGAAGAGUGCUAAGAGGACUGAGGCAGUGCAGAGCCUUCUGAAUCAGCAGAGCUCAAGAGAAAACCAAGAUGUCGAAGAAGUCAAAGGAGACCGAUCAGACUGCCACUGGGCAGGCGGGCAUCAGGAAGAAGUCAAAAGUGCCCGGUGUCAUGAUAACACAGUUUAUGGAGGAACUUCCAGAGGGGAUGACAACUCCAGAUUUCACCCGCAAACCGAUUGCUCUAACUAUUCAAGAGGGUAAAUUUGCAGUCUUUAAAGCCAUAAUAGUAGGAACCCCAACCCCUACUGUGACAUGGAGUAGAGCAAAUGGAGAAAUAGUUUUUCAUCCUUCUGUGUGCCUACAAAAAUAUGAUGAGGCAACCCACGAACACACCAUUGAGUUCCCUAAAGUUUCUCCAGAAGAUGCUGACACCUACAAGUGUUUUGCAACAAAUGAAUAUGGAAGGGCUGUUUGCACUGUUGUUUUAAAUGUUAUUGCAGUUGGAUUUUCCAAGACCAAAGAACUCCAAAUGGCACAAGUCGAAGAUAUGGUUGACUUCAGAAAGACACUAAAAAAACGUAAUCCAGAUGGAACACGUGAGCCUAAGCCAAUGGAGACAGAGGAGAAGGUCUGGGAAAUUCUGCUCAGUGCAGACAAGAAAGACUAUGAGCGUAUCUGUGCUGAGUAUGGUAUCACAAACUUCCGUGGCAUGCUAAAGAAACUUAAUGAAAUGAAAAAAGAACGAGAAGAGGAGGUCGCAGAGUUUGUCACACAUAUCACCAGUUUAAAGCCUAUUGAGGUCAAAGAUGAUGAUUAUGCAACAAUUGAGUUGGAUAUGGACCUCAAGGAUCCUAGCAGUAAAAUGUACCUGUACAAGGAUGGUGUCAUGGUUCCAUUUUCCAAAGAUGAGGCUGAUGAGCAGAAACAUAGUUUGAAACAAGUUGGCAAAAAAUACAUAUUCAAAAUCAAAAAACUAGGAGCAGAAGAUGCUGGACUCUACUCAGUGGAUGUUGAGGGUGUCAAUGUGUUCUCCACUGAUUUUAAAGUAACUCCAGUCGAAUUUGCUGUCAAAAUACAAGAAGUCACGGCAGAAGAACGAGAGGACGCCCUCUUUCAAUGUGUCCUAACUGCACCCAUGAACGAGAUCAAAUGGUAUGGCAAAAGUGCUCUGCUGUCAAAUAGUGAAAAACAUGAAAUUACUAUAUCUGAGGAUAAGCUCAUCCACAAAUUGAUUGUGCGGGACUGCAUGCCUUUGGAUGCCGGUAUCUAUGCUGCUGUGGCAGGAAUAAAAUCUUGCAACGCUUGGCUUAUAGUUGAAGCUGACAAAGAUCCUGCAAGUAAGGGCAAAAAGGUGGCUCGGAAAACCACCAUGGCUGGAGGUAGCAACGAAGAGGAGCUGUUGAAAAUAGCAAAGGAGCAGCAAGAAAAAUAUCAGAAAGAAUUGGAAGAAAAACUGGAACUUGCAAAGAAAGCCCAAGCUGAGAAAGAAGCCGCUGGAGCAGCAGCCGCAGAGGAAGAAAAAGCAGCUAAAAAGGCAGCUGCUAAAGCCAAAGCUAAAGCUAAGGCUGCUGAAAGAGCUAAAAGGGCAAGUGCGAAAAAAGGAGCCGGUGCUGGAAGUGGCGCGGCCUCUGCUGAUGGAACUGUUGGUGCCGAGGGUGCUGCUGGUGUUGGUGGGGCUGCUGGUGGUGCUGAUGGAACUGUUGGUGCCGNGGGUGCUGCUGGUGUUGGUGGGGCUGCUGGUGGUGCUGAUGGAACUGUUGGUGCCGGGGGUGCUGCUGGUGUUGGUGGGGCUGCUGGUGGUGCUGAUGGAACUGUUGGUGCCGGGGGUGCAGCUGGUGCUGGCGGGACAGGUGGUCCUGGUGGUGCAGGGGGUGCAGGCACUGGAUUUGAUGGUGGUGCCAGUGCUGGUGGACAAGAAGGUGGACAUGGAGCUGCAGCCAUUGGAAAAGGUGGAGUCGGUGGCGGUGAAGGAGAAGAUGAAUAUGAUUCAUUUGAAGAUUCUGAUGAAGAAUUUGAGGGGGAGGGGGGAGAAGAAGGAUGUGUAGGAGGAGGAGGAGGAGAGGAAGGAGAAGGAGGAGAGGGAGGAGAAGGGGGUAUAGGAGGAGAGGGGGGAGGUAAAGGAGGAAAACGCAGAAAACGUGUGAGAGCUGGUCCUCUGGUUCCAGAUACAGUAAUAGACCCAGGAGUUCACUUUCAUGCUGGGCUUUCUGACUGCAAAGCCAUUAUUGGAGAAGCGGCAGAGCUGGAGUGUAAAGUGAGCAGUGAAGACUGUGUGGGAGUCUGGUACAAAGAUGGAGCAGAGAUUCAGUCAUCUGAGGGGUUAACUAUUUCAAAGGAUGGAACAUUUCACAGACUGAAAAUUCAUAAAGUCACAGAAGAAUUUGCAGGGAAAUAUAAAUUUGAAGCAGACGGGCGUAAGACAGAGGCUGAGAUUGCUGUUGAAGAUCCACCACGAUUUAAUGCUGAAGAUCUGGAAGCAUUCAAAACUCCUGUCACUGUGAAAAAAGGACACAAAGCUACGUUCAACUUGGCUUUUAUUGGACGGGAACCUAUAAAAAUUCAGUGGUACCAUGAGGGUGAAGAGCUUUCGGAGGAGGCAAACAUCAAGAUAGAGCAUUCAGAGGGGUCUACCCGUCUACUGCUAUUGAAGCUUCAGCGUAAAGAUAGUGGUGAAAUCAAGAUUAAACUCAAAAAUGAGUUUGGCACUAUGGAGGCUCUUAGCCAACUUGUUGUACUGGAUAAACCUACUCCUCCAAUGGGACCUCUAGAGAUUGUUGAAGCCUCCGCCUCUGCAGUUGAAUUCAAGUGGAGACCCCCAAAAGACAGUGGUGGCUGCAAGAUAUUAAACUAUAUCCUUGAACGACAACAAGUUGGCCGUAACACCUGGAAGAAGUUGGGGCCAAUUGGUCCUGAGGCCAAGUACAGGGACACGGAUGUAGACCAUGGCCGAAGGUAUUGCUAUCGCCUCAGAGUGGAGACUGACAUGGGCUUCAGUGAACUGAUGGAAACAGAGGACAUUCAAGCUGGUACAAAAGCAUACCCUGGACCUCCAUCAGCACCCAAGGUUGUCAGUGCCUUCAAAGACUGUAUCACUCUCUCCUGGUCUCCCCCUGCUAAUACUGGAGGAACCAGUAUUCUGGGAUACAACCUUGAAAAACGCAAGAAGGGCAGCAACUUAUGGGGCCCUGUCAAUCCACCCAAUGAGAUGAUUAAAGGGAAGCAAUUUGCUGUGAAAGAUGUAGUUGAGGGCAUGGAGUAUGAAUUCCGUGUGUCUGCGAUCAAUAACUCUGGAGCCGGUGAAUUCAGCUCCCCUUCAGAAUUCGUGUUUGCCAGAGACCCUAAAAAACCUCCUGGUAAAGUCAGUGACUUCAAAGUGACAGAUUCCACUUACAUAACCAUGUCCUUGUCUUGGACAAAACCCAAGGACAUUGAGGGGGUUGAAGAUGAAGCAAGGGGAUAUUUUGUGGAGAUCAGGCUUGCAGAAAACACAGAGUGGGAUCGCUGUAAUUUGAAUGCAAUAACCAUGACGUCUUAUACAGUAAAAGGCAUGAAGUCAAUGGCUAUGUACUGGGUAAGAGUCGUUGCUAUCAAUGAAGGAGGUCAUGGAGAGCCACAGGAACUGGAUAACUACCAUAUCUCUAUGCCUCCUCCUGUGAGGCCCCGAUUCACUGAUGCCAAAAUUAAGAGUUUUAUGGUGGUGAGAGCAGGAAAUUCAGCACGAUUCAACAUUAACUUUGAGGCCUCUCCUUGGCCAGAUGUAAUCUGGCUAAAAGAUGGCGUGCCAGUGUCUAAAAAAGUGACCAUCAGUAAUGCAGAGGGUACAUCCCAGAUUCUCAUUCCUUCUGCUGAGCGCUCAGAUACAGGAGUCUAUACAAUCAUUGUCAAGAACAUUGUUGGGCAAGAAACAAUCAGCAUUGAAAUUAGAGUCACAGAUGAGCCCAAGCCUCCAGGUCCUGUGGAGUUAGAUGAAAAUGUGCAUGGUACUGUGACUAUUUCAUGGACAGCAUCUUCAGAUGAGAAACGUGAUGACAGACUGCACUACAUGGUGACCAAGCGUGAUUCAAGCAAAAGAACAUGGAACACCAUUGCAGAUCGAAUCUUCAACAACAGAUUCACAGCAUGUAACAUAAUGCCAGGACGAGAAUACCAGUUCAGAGUCUAUGCAAAGAACGACAUGGGCUCCUCCAAACCCUCUGAAUCGCCCAAGUGGCUGAUUCCUGCCAAAAAAGAAAAGUUCACUGUGAAAAUGCCAGAAUCAAAGACGUGCAAUCUGCUGUGUUCUCCCAAGUUCAUUGUCCCACUGAAAACCCACACAGCUCCUGAAGGGUAUGAAUGCUAUAUGACUUGUGCUAUAAAAGGGGAUCCAACACCUCAUGUCACAUGGCUCCGCGACAGUGUCAGUCUGAAUACAAACACUAACUACCUAAUCUCCAACACCUGUGGAGUAUGCUCUCUGCUCAUAUUGAGGGUUGGCUCGAAAGACACCGGGGAGUACAAGGUUGUUGCAGAAAACUCUUUGGGAAGGGCAGAGUCUGCAACUAAACUCACAGUCAGAGAAUAAUUGGACACACCGAAGAUGGCAGACUUCCUUUAUAAUGCUAGCAUAAAUCAAGCUCAUGAUAAUGCCACAUUGUUUGCAGUUAAGUGAGAACUGUGAUGAAUGAAACCUUUUUUGUUGUUUUUUUUAAAUUAUGCUAGUGAUGCCUUCCUUAUUUGAUUCACAAAUUAAAAAAACAUCAUCUAAAGUCAAAGUAAUAAUAAAGCCUUAGGCCUGCAAAAAAUGCUUAAAUAAAAGUUACCAACAUGUGCCUAUUUUGAUUUCAAGGGUAUAGCAGUAAUGAAAUAAAAUACUGAAAUAUAACUGAAAACUAUAUACAGUUUAUCUCUACACAGCACUGAUUGUUAUUAGAUUAGUUGCUAUUAGUCUGAAGGUGAUGAAACAACUUGUGUCUUAACAGAUUUUUAGAUGCAAGGAUCUUUGGCUUGUAUAGUAGGUGUUUGUAGAAGACCCCAGAAUAAAACUAAUAUGAGAAGAUAUAUGAACUGACAGGAUAUUUACAUUAUAAUGACACUGCUGUCAUAAAUUGACAUCAAUAUGAAAAUUGUGUGAGUUUGAUGUAAAUAAACAUUUCAAACAGCA